CCCGGUUGCCGGUUCUCUUUAAUAGCCUGAGUAUCUGUGCAUCUAAUUUCUCAAAGCACCAUUUGCUCACUGCCAUAGUUUCUAGCUGCUCAAAGCCAUGGAAAUCGGUCAAAAUAAGGCACCUUCGUUCUUCAGCUUCCUAAGGGAGGGCCUCCUCCUGCCGAGCCGCAACUGGAGGCUCUUCACAUCGGUCUGUGCACUCAUCCUCGCCUCCACCAAGCUGAUCGAGCUCGCUGUCCACCCCCUCGCCGCCGACGAGACCAAGCUUGACAUCAAGGCGCUCAACACCACCGAGCCCGGCAGCCCGGACUUCGCCAAGCUCCUACAGAACCUCCUGCUCGCCGGUGCAGGGUACAACCUCUUCUCUUUUGUCUCCCACUCCGCUGUCCAGAUCGUCGUCCUAUUCGCCGCCGCCUUCACGUACCCGGGCCAGGAGCAUACUAUUACUACCUUUGGCGCGCUCCUAGGCCAAGCUAAGGCGCAAAUCAAGGGGCCCCUGCUCACGCUCGCCUUCGGCUACAUCCUCGAGACCUUCAGCUUCGUGCCUCUGACGGCCAUGGCAUCACUUCUCGGCCUUCUCGAGGCGAAGCAAUAUUUGGUGACUUCGCUUGUGGCCUCGCUGCUCGGCUUCGCUGCCGUCGUCUGCCUCGAGUACUUCUCCUUCCUCUGCUCCUUCAGCGUCGUCGUGGCGGUAGCCGAGCCCGGCUGCUACGGCGCGGCCGCGUUAGGCAAGGCGUGGAGGCUGGCGAAUGGGAACAAGCGGCAGGUCGUGCUCUACCUCGCCGUGACCGGAGCACUGUCCGCCGCCGUAUCGCCGGUGCACACGCUCGCAAGGACUAAUAAUAGCGUUGCGCUUGGGUUGCUCCUGGGUUUCGUGUACGCGCUUCUGCUGGCGCUCGUGCAGCUCUUCUCUGACUGCGCCAUGACCGCCUUCUACUACGAGCGCAGCUAGGUACUGGAUACCCAAGCUAUCAGCAGAAGAACGCCCGAUUGCUGGCAUGGAAAUUUCGACACUGUAAUAUGUAAUGUUGAUACUAG